UGUAUUAAAAUUUGAAGGAAGCAUUCGAAAUGGCGAAGAAGGAGAUGGAGGAAGGUGGAAAACGGAACGCGAUUGAGCUAUUCUUCUUGACCACUCUCAUACUCUGGCUUGCCUCUGUUUCUUUCCAGAUUAUUCUCACACACCAAACACGACUUCUCUACAUCAUCGCCGGUUCCUUCUUCUACCAAACAUCCAACUCCCUUAUCCGUUACUUCUCCCCAAAAUCAUCACUCUCUGAUCCUCUCUUCGUUAACACCGCCGUCUCACUUAUCCACUCCCUCGUCACCUCCUCCUCAGUGAUCUUCAUCUUGUCCAAACAGUGGUUAAACAAUGGGUUGAGUGGAAUGUUUGACCACUCGCAGUUGGUUGAAGGAACUUGGUCAUGGGCAUUUGAAGCAUUGUGUUUUUCCUGUGGUUACUUCGCAUAUGAUCAGUGGGAUAUGCUUCAUUACCGUUUAUAUAGUGGUUGGAUCCCUUCUAUCCUUCUGCAUCAUCUCGUUCUCCUUAUCUGCUUCACUCUUGCUUUGUAUCGAAACAUCACCAUCAACUACCUUAUUCUCACGCUAAUCUGUGAGCUGCAUUCCAUCUUUCUGCAUGUGAGAAAGGUGAGACGAAUGGCCGGUAUUCGCGAUGCAAGGAGUGUUAUUGUUAAGUUAGAAUGGUUUCUGAAUUGGACCACCUUCUUUGUGGCAAGGUGUGUGUCUCACGUUCUCAUCACAGCGAAACUCAUCAAGGAUGCUCACAAAUUUGGAAAGGGUGUGGAGUUACCACUGGCUCUGUUUGGUAUGGCUGGGAUGAAUAUUCUCAACAUUGGUCUUGGCAUGGAUCUCUUAAAAGCUUUCAAGAGAGAGAGGAAGUCUCAACAUGCUAAUCAUCGUCAACAUCAUGAAUGAUAGAAGAGAAAAAGCGCAAUAAGAUGCACAUAUUGUUCUUUUUGCCACUUACUGUGAGAAGAAAAAAUUGUAAAAUUGAUGUAAUAUUACCUUAUAAUGUAGCACUUAGACAAGUCUUAUAUAUCUCUGCAAAUUGUUGAUGCAAAACAAAGCUUUUCUCUUGUUUUGUAUUUAUACA